AUGGAAAGCACAAGACGACCACGAGCUCAAAGAUCAUCCACGUGCCGAUCAGUAUCCCGACAACGGCGACUCGACAACGCACCAUUACAUCGUAUCUUGUCCAGUCAAUUCCCAGACGAUCAUUCGGUUUAUCACCAUGAAGAUGGCGAGGGAACCCAUGUCGACGAGGACGCCAGUUCAUUGCACAAGACUGAGACUGAAAGGCGAGACGAGAACUCGUCCAGUGACAACGACGGCGGCGGCGACAGCGGCGAUGACAAAGGUGGGAAAGAAGUAAAAGAUGAUACCGCUCAAGAGGAAUAUACGACUUACGAGGAGAUACGGGGUGGUAUUCCAUACGAGCGUGAUGUGGUGGCACUAUCACGUUUAGAAAAGCAAAAGUCUACGCGGUCCGUCAAAGACCCAAAUUUGGUCACAUGGGAUUCAGAGUUCGACCCACAUAAUCCAAAGAACUGGUCCAUGAAGCGGAAAUGGGCAGCAACUAUCAUUGUCUCUUCUUUUACCCUCGUCUCGCCAAUAUCCUCGUCCAUGAUCUCGCCAGCUCUGAGCAGCAUCAGUGCUGAAUUCGGCAUCACAAAUGAAGUCGAAGCCCAGCUUACCUUAUCCAUCUUCGUUCUGGCGUAUGCAAUUGGACCGCUGUUCCUAGGCCCACUAUCGGAGAUCUAUGGACGAGUCAUCGUCUUGCAGCUGUCAAACUUGUUCUACUUGGCUUGGAAUUUGGGAUGUGGAUUUGCUCAGACAUCUGGCCAGCUCAUGGCAUUCCGAUUCUUCAGUGGUUUAGGCGGAUCUGCACCGUUAGCUAUUGGUGGUGGUGUUCUUAGCGAUUGUUUCCUUCCCGAGCAGCGUGGCCGAGCCAUAGCAAUCUAUUCACUGGCUCCAUUACUGGGCCCGGCUAUCGGGCCUAUUGCCGGUGGCUUCAUCUCUCAAAACACGACUUGGAGAUGGUGUUUCUACGCCACCACGAUCUUCACAGCAAUAGUGCAAUGUCUCGGGUUCUUCCUUCUGCAAGAAACAUACGCACCAAAGCUCCUUGAGUGGAAGCGAAACAAACUGCGUAAAGAGACAAGCAACGAAGAACUACACACUGAGUUCGAUAAUCCUGAUCGAACGCUUGCAACAACUAUUAAAAUCGCCAUGAGAAGGCCGUUCAAGCUGCUCCUCACCCAGCCCAUUGUGCAAGUUCUAGCUUGCUACAUGGCCUACCUAUAUGGCCUCAUGUAUCUGAUGCUCUCGACCUUCCCCAGCUUAUGGGUCACGCGCUAUGGUAUGACUAUAGGGAUUGGUUCUUUGAACUUCAUCUCCAUGGGCAUGGGCUUCUUCCUCGGCACACAGAUCACCGCACCCCUCAAUGACGCCCUCUACCGCCGCCUAAAGAAACGCAACAACGGCAUCGCUGGUACUAAAACUAUGGCCUACGCGAUGGCCGAUGACGCCAACUGCGUGUCCAUCUCAGUCGUCAAUUUCGUAAUGCAGCGAUACAUUGAGCCAGCUUCGUCAGUUCCACCUCUCAGUCUUCCUAAUCACACCCUGGAGUACAGCAAUUAG